AAUAAUAAUUAAUUUGAAACAUGUCAAAAUAACAGUUACAUGAACUCCUUAACGAUUUUAAAAUUAUGAAUAAAUUGUAUAAUAAUGGCAUGUAAAUAAUAAUAACUGGUAAAAAGGUUUCACCCAGUCUACACAAGCAGGACCAGGAAUGUCCAUUAAAAAAUAACGAAAAUAACUUGAAAUGAAUAUUGAUUUAAAAUCUUUAAACGUUUGUCGUAUUUGUUUAAAUAAAAGUGACAAUGUACAAGAUAUUUUUACCGCAACAACAAGAUUUUUGCCAUAUAAUAAUAUCGCGACUGCGAUAAUGGUGUGUGUUCCUGUUGAGAUAUCAAUAAAUGAUGGUUUUCCUUCUACGAUUUGUUUUACUUGUUACCAAAAACUAUUAAGCGUUCACGAAUUUCGGGAUAUUUGUUUAAAUUCAAAUAAAAUUUUAUUAAAUUCAAAAUCCUUACAAAAUGAAUAUUUAGAAAUUCAAAUAUUAUCUUCAUUAAAUGAAGAUAAUUCUAUUGAUCAGUUUGAUGUAAAUAACAAACAAAUUCAUUUUCCCACUGAAUUAGUUGAUAAUCAAGAGGAAAUUCCAGAAAACGAUACAUGUACCGAAGAAAACAUACCGAUAGAGGAAAAGAAUGUAGUUAAUGAAAACCUUCGAUUAGGACGUCCAAAAGGUGUUUACGUUUGUAAAUAUUGCGAACGAAUCUGUAUAAAUAACACAACAUUACGUAUACAUGAAAGAGUUCACACUGGUGAAAGGCCUUUCUGUUGUGUUAUAUGUAAUAAAAAAUUUAAGAAUAAAAGCACGUUAGCCAGGCAUUUUAGAAUCCACACAGGUGAAAAACGAUACUCAUGUGAUAUUUGUAACAAAAGUUUCAGGCAUCGAAAUAGUUUGAUUAUACAUAAACGGACGCAUACUGGUGAAAGACCCUAUAUUUGUGAUUAUUGUAGUAAACAAUUUACAGAUAAUGCUGGGCUACGUCAACAUCGUGUAGUUCAUACGAAAGAGAAAAAUUUUGCGUGCCAACAGUGUGCUAAAACAUUUUCAUUUAAAUCCACAUUAGAUAUACAUGUUCGAAUGCAUACUGGUGAAAGACCAUUUUUGUGUAAUAUUUGUAGUAAAACGUUUCGACAACGUACACAUUUUCAAACGCAUAUGAAUGCACAUACUGGAGAAAGACCCUUUAAAUGUGGAGUGUGUGAUAAAACCUAUUCGGAUCGAAGUGGUUUAAGAAAACACAAAUUAAUACAUUAGUUAAGAGAAAAAUGAUUUGUUAAAAUAGGACUCUCUGUUUCAAAAUGAGUUUA